UAUGGAGUGAGAGUGUCAAGUACAGCUAAAAGUGUCGUUGCAGUAAUUGGGCUAAUACUAUGCAUUGGCGUUACAACGAAUUUCUGGCGGGUGCAAUAGCCAAUCUUGCCACCGUUUCGGUUGGUUGUGGUAUUGCGUGGCCUUCCCCAAUAUUUCAGAAGCUGUCCGAAACCGAUCUGAACGAUAACCCGUUCGGCAAGGUACUGUCCGAGAAGGAACAGAUGUGGUCCGAGGCGGGCCUAGCAAUCGGUGGUUUGGUAGGUCCUUUACUGGCGUUUUGGAUCAACAAGCAUAAGGGCCCUCGCAUAGCGCUGUUACUCAGCAGCGUCUUAUACAUUGCGGGUUGGCUACUGUGCAUGAUCGUUGGUGCUGUGUCACUGCUGAUAUUAGCACGCACCAUUAUUGGAUUUGCCAACGGGUACGUCCUGUUGACGGUAACACUCUACAUUGGAGAGAUCGCCAGUGAUCGUUAUCGAGGUGCGCUCGGGUGUUUCAUUCAGAUCGGAACUACGCUGGGGAUACUGAUCGUGUACUGUGCUGGACCGUUUGUAAGCUACCUGGCGCUUCAGAGCAUCUGCUGUGGAGUUCCUAUACUGUUCGGGACGUUGUUUCUGUACAUGCCGGAAACACCGCACUAUCUGGUGCAGCGCGGACAUCAUCAGCGCGCAGUGGAGUCACUCAUGUUCCUGCGAGGGGCUCGACAUGCCGACGAGGUUAGGUCCGAACUGGAGGAGAUAAAGCAGUACGUUAAGCGGCGAGAUGGCGAUGAUGGUGCACCAGCCCGCACUGUCCAUCACCUGAAGCGCCUGCUGACACAUCGCGGCAAUCAAAAGGCUCUCUGGAUCAGCUUAGGCUUGGUGCUGUUUCAGCAGUGUUCCGGCAUCGACAUCAUCCUGGCCAACGGUGAGCUACUGUUCGCCGAAUCGAAUGCUUCGCUCGGCCCGAUUUAUGGCGCAAUUGUGCUGGGUGUGCUACAAUUCCUGUCCAGCUGUACAACACCAUUCUUCAUCGAGCGUACGGGCCGUCGUCCGGUACUGCUGGCAUCAUCGAUUGGGCUGACGAUCGCGCUAGCCACCUUCGGGACAUAUUUCGUGCUUAACCGCUAUACCGUAUCGGUGGAGUCUAUCCGCUGGCUACCGCUAACUGCACUGGUCGGCUUUGUGACACUCUAUAAUGCGGGCUUCGGUCCAGUUGCUUGGGCCAUUGUGAUGGAGAUCUUCGCCCACGAGCUGAAACCGAUCGGUGUAACGCUGUGCGUGCUCGGUUCCGUACUGUUCGAUUAUGCCAUUCUGCAGAUAAUCACCGUCCUCAUACAAGCUGCCGGAUUGGAUUGGGCUUUCUGGAUUCUCGGCGGCUUCUGUGCCGGAGCUGGCCUAUUUUGCUGGCUGUAUGUCAUCGAAACGCGCGGACUCAACCUGCUCGCGAUCCAGGAGCGCUUGGGCGGUAUCAAGACGAUACGAUUAUGAAACCAGUGUUUUCGGCCUCUUAUGCAUUCGCCGAUGUGUAGCGGCAGUAUCGUUUCACGUUGACAUUGCCGUACGCGCUGUAGGACGCGGCCCGCGCGUUGAUAAGCAUUGUUUUCCCAACCCUCCUGCCGCUUUACGUUACGAAAACAAUGCAUCCUCAAACCAACCACCCGUCGGCGUGCGCGCGAACAAUGUUGUGCUGGUGACAAAAUGUUUCGCGCGGUUUGUUUGUUUUGAACCACAAAACCUCGCCUUUCCGAUCGUCAGCGGUUUGUCGUGCGGACUCGCUUCAACGAUGGCGCGAUAAUGCGUGAACGUGAUGUGUGCAUUUACAGGCUGCAGGCGAAACAAGAUGCCGGCUCCUGGUUGUGUUGGCGUCCUUUUGGCAAAGCGGCAAAGAACAGUAAACAUUACGCAAGGGUUGAAGCAUUGUUGAUGCUUUUGCUGCAUUGUUCGGCUUCCACGUGCUCGCGAUUGCGAAUGCUACUUCCCGCCACUGGGGCGUUUGUCUGAUAAGACGUUACAGAUGCAUCAAUCGCAAACGUCUGAUAAUUAUUACGUUGAGCUGUGGUGACAUCUUGAGAGUUAUAAAUAAACUGAUAAUAACAAUAGCCAGCGGGAAUUCUUUUAAUUGAACAGUGCAUCUUGGUACGCAAUCGCUAAGGGUAAUACAUUUUUAAUCGAACAAAUUUAACAAAUAAUGCAUGUUGCGUUUAGUAAUGUUAACAAAUAGGAGAAGACGGUUAAAAGCUUACUUUCAUACAAUCUUACUUAGCCGAAAACAAAUAUGUGCCAUCCUUUGUAGCAGUGA